AUGGUCGGAACGAUGUCCAUGUUAUUAACUUUUCUCUCAUUUUUUGUUGUAUUGUGUUUAUCGGCUGAUCUUCCGGGGAGUAUAUGUUACCAAUCUGACACGAACAACGCAACAUUAUUCUAUAAGGCUUUAGUUCCAAGUACAUGUGUUGUGCCGCAAAACGUUGAAUUUAAGUGGAGUGGGUCAUCUGUUAUUGGAGCAGAUUACACUUUUAAAUCGGGAGCUGCCACAUCAAUAGGCAAACAUUCGCUCACCAUCUCACAGAAUUGUCGAGGUGAUGUAGCUGGAGAUAAAGCAAAUGAAAAUUCGGUAUCGAAAAAUUCACUUAUCUUUGAGGACGGCCAUGGAAUGGACUAUUUUGUAUUGAACGAACAAGGGAUUCGAGCAUUUUGGUAUGUUGAGAACAAACACUUAGAUGGUGUCGUGUUUGAAUUUAUGACACGAUCCGAUGUAUGGGCUUCUUCGGUUGUCUUAAUUAAUUCCGACAAACCACUAUACGUCUAUACACAGGGAUACGAAUUUUUUAAUGUAACAAGACUUAACCCCGAGGCGUUUGUUUUGUUCAAAGUCAUCAAUGAGGACUUUAUAAACAACGCGGGAAUCACACACCCAUUCGUGAGAACAGAAAGAAUCAAUGCAAAGGAUCAAACGUGUGUGUACCAAUACAACGCUUUCAAUUUUUCAGCGCCUGAUGUGAAGAACACGGACUUUAAAAUGAUUUCGAUAUGCAAUAGAGGAAGUAUUGAUCGAUACGUCCAAUGCUUUUGGUCAAAAGGAAAAUAUACAGAUUGCUCGUGCAAGCCUAAAGUACAAGAAGGAACUAUUCGAACAACGGGAUCGUUUAAUUAUCCCGACUGUAGAUAUCUGUCAAGACUCUAUGACUUCAAUUUGUAUACUAACAACGAGUACGUCAUAUUCGAUUCAUAUAAUACAACUACUUGGGCGGAUUUCUUGAUCCCACAGAGAAUGAAUUCACUCACCUUUGAAGUUGAUGUCACCGACGUGCCAAAUGUCACGUUUCUCUCGAUAUUAAGCUCAUUCUUGUUACCAAAUUUCCCAUUCACAGUGUAUGGUGGACUUAAUGUUACGGAAGAACUUACAAUAGACUCCGUUGCAGACUAUUACAUUGAACGACUUGUGUUUAAUACAAUCUCUGUCGAUAAAUAUAUCGAUGAUGGUGCAAUUGUAAUUGCAACAAAUUUAAUAAAUGACACUAAUAGAGAGCUGAUGGAAGGUCAAAACUUAUACCCAGUCUGUGGGGAGAAAGGGCAGAUACAAAGGUGGAUGAAAUUGGAUACAUUGACAAAACCAGUUGAUUACAAUGCAAUACGAGACUGUUCGUGUACAGUGAAGUCAGACACCCUCCUCGACCAAUUUGACUGUAACGAAACCUCUUUAAUUGAAACAAGUCAACUUGAACUGAUUAUUGAAAAGUCUGUAUUUGAUGGUGGAAAUUUCAACCGAUUUUGGGCUAAAAUGGAGUUCAAAGGGAAUGGAGGAAGAACGUUGAGAGGGUUAAGCCACACUGUACAAAAUUGUAUAUUCUUGUCAGAUAAGACGUAUACAAUUGCAACGAAUUUAACAUGCAAAAAUGCCGAAAUUCAAGAUCGUGUCAAUCUUAUUAUUGAAGAGUCUCACGCAUUUGUUGCGGAGACAAUUACACUCACUUCAAUAUAUAAAAACUUGAACGGGAAACCAGUUUUUUAUGCUCAUAACAAGAUAUUGGAGUCAACUCAAGUAUUAUUAGCUGAUUCACAGAAUGAAUGUUUAGAGUUGGUUGAAAAUGGUGAAGACUAUGGUUCUGGAACCAUCGAAAGCGACACAUCUACACUUGUGAAGAUCAACCAAUUGUUGCGAGUGUGCCCAACAAGUAAAGUAGAGAAAUCUGUGUUAUGCACUGCUACUAAACCGAGUUACCCGAGUGGAUUUGAUUAUUUGUAUUGUCCGUGUAAAGGAGAAUUGUGCACUGUCGCCAUUCCAAGUGAUCUUACAUCACUUGUCUCGUCAGAGAUCACUUCUUUUGAUGGGACUAUUAAUGUCAGUGGAGAUGUUUUAAUAUACAACUUCAGUAGAAUUAGGAAUGUGACUGCUUUGCCUUCAUCUGUAUCAACUGUGACAGUUGAUGGUACUUCUUUGACAAUUGAUAAUGUCGAAGCAAGUGAUUCGGUUACAACACUGAUUGCGAAGACGCCACUUGUGCUCAAAAACGUGCACUCACUAGUAUCAUUAAAGACGUUGAGUACAAUUACUUUGGAUUAUUCGAAUGUGCUUUUAGACAAAGUGACUGAAACUGGAACUGGUGUCAUUACUUUAUCAUCAUCUGUCUCGACAAUAACAGUCAAUUCUAUUGAACCCAUUUCAACACAAGCAACAAAACCAAUUUUUGUUGUUCAACCAACCACCGCCGAACUGACACUUGGGAACACUCCAACUUCAACUUAUGUGAAAAUGGUUAUGACGAACAAAUAUAGAAAGGUUGUAUACGGAAAUAUAACAUGUGAUAACCAAGCUGUUGUUAUUCCAGCCACAGCUGGUGGCGUGAUUUCAGUAGAAGAUUGUAACAAAUUGGGUCUUUCAACACAUAAUUGUUAUUAUAAUGGAAAUGUGUAUGAUAUUUCGUCUUCGGACUCUUCAAGAGACUAUUCGUGUCCAUGUAUUGAUUCAAAUGUCUGUGUGUUAACUAUAUCUUCAGCAACCAUUUCACUCGAAGUUCCAGCAACAAAAGAAUUGUAUGUUGAAAGCAGUCCAAAACUGAUUAUGAAUAGUUUGUCGUUGAUUAUGUACUCUUCAUGUUCAGAGUGUGCUGUUGUUAUUCAAGGGAACAACAAUUUCAUUAUUCUAUCUGCGGUAGAGGGAUUUCAAAUUAAGUCCGAAUCAACAACAACAGAAAAAGGCAAUGUCAUUGCUACAAAGACUCGUGCAAUUGCUUUUGACGCGGGAGGACUCAAAACUGGAAGUACAUUAAAAGGGUCACAACUUGUAGCAAAAGUGGUUGCAAGUGAUAAAGCGUACUGCACAACAAUGCGCUUUAAAGAAGCUGCCACUUGUAUGAUAUGUGGUGACAUCAUUGCAAAUUCCAAUGGAAAAUGUGAUAAUAGAGCGGCUGUUGUUAAUUGUGCUACUACGGCUUCUUCUGGACAUUGCACAUCGUGUGCUGAUGGAUUUUAUUUAGUUGGAACGACACUGAAUAACCAACGAUGUGAAGCGUGUGGGAAUUUGUGUACAAAAUGUAGUAGUAACACUGAAUGUAUUCUUUGUAAUGCUGGGAGUAAGUUAUCUGGAACAACAUGCACAAGAAUUACAGAGGCUGAUUCAUGUGAUUAUUAUUCUGGUGGAAUUUGUAGGAAAUGUCCCGGGAAGAAAAUGACAGAUGGGACUUUUCAGUCGUGCACUGAAAGUUGUAGUGCUUCAUGCGAUACGUGUUACACACUUUCUACAGAAGAGAAGUGCCCUGUGUGUACAAUUUCCGAUAAAUACACUCGUGAAGAUGAAGCAAAACAAAGUUGUUCGCAGUCAGUUGGAGCAUCUUCUGUCUCAAACAAAGGGGCUAUGAGUUGUGAAAAUGGAUAUUCAAUCGGUUCGGGAAAGUGUUCCACAUGUGAAGCGUCAUGUGCCAAAUGUUCUGGAGUGACAUGUUACGAAUGCAAAAACAGUUCCCAGAUAUUAUUGAAUGGAAUUUGCACCAACACCAAUUGCAAAACAGUUUCAAAUUUCAAAUGCUUGAAUUGCGCUGAGGAGAGUGGGUCAACAAAAAUGUAUUACGAUGACGCUGACGGACAGUGUAAACCCGUUGAUGACUCGUGUAAUGGCGCGACAUUUUUCGGUGUUUGCAUGAAGUGUGUGAAUCAACAGGAUGUGGUUUCAACGGAUAAAAAGACGUGUGAGGCUCCCAAGACAACAGCUCUUAUUAAAAGAGAGACGAGUGAUAUAUGUGAGUUGUACUUGUUUGGUAUAUGUCAGAGAUGUUCAAGUCAAUAUUAUUCAUCUGGUAAUGAGUGCAGAAAGUGUAUUGAUAAUUGCAAUUUGUGCAGUGAUGGAUCUUCGUGCAGUUUAUGUGACGACAAAUACACUUACAAUUUUCAAAGCAAAACGUGCGAGCCAUUAACUCUUGAACAUUGUGAUAAUAUAUACAAGUCUGUCUGUAUUCACUGCGAAUAUGGGUAUUAUGCUUUCAAUGGAAGGUGUCAACAGUGUAAUACCAAGUGUGCCACGUGUGUUUCAUCAACUACAUGCUCAAGUUGUGCAGAAGGGUAUUACUUAAAUGGCACAUCUUGCUUGGAUAGUGAAGAAGCUUCAAUCAAUUUUUGUGCCACUUACUCUCCGGAAGGCUGUUUGAACUGUACGAGUGGAUAUUACUUGGAUGCCGGCAAUUGUCACACAUGCAACGAAUUUUUAGUUGGGUGUAUGUCGUGCAACAAAACGUCAAAGAAGUGCACUUCGUGUGGAAAAGAUUAUGUGAUGACAUUGGAUGGGUGUGUCAAGUAUGAUACUAUUGAACAUUGUAAACGUGCAAUUGAUGGGUAUUGCGACGAAUGUGAUGACUGGUAUGCGCUGAGUUAUAACAGACAACGUUGUGAAAAAUAUCCCCUUGGUUAUGGUGUUGCUCUUAUUAUAAUAGCCAUUGCGAUAUUCAUCGCACUCUUAAUUGUUCUUUGUAUUAUGCUUUAUGUGUAUUACCAAUACAGAAGCAAACAAUUGGAAGAAACAAGAGCUAGCCGUGUAUUCCCUUUGAAGCACUGUGAUGUUGCUUUAAUGCCAUAUCCAACUAUGGAACAAAUUGUCAGCGAAGCAACCUUGAUUGAGUUCCAAGAAAAAAUGGAGUUGAACAAAGAAUAUAUGAAGCGGUUCUACAUUGGUAAUAAAGGAAGUGACGAAGUUGAGUUGCAGUUUGUUAUUGACAAGGACGAGAGAUACAGAGUGGACUUUGAACCACACAGUUGCUUAUUGAAGAGUGGGAUGUGCAUCAGUGAGAGAGUGUUGAUAUAUCCAAACUGCUCCUUCACAAUCCAGAAUGCAUUCAAAGUGAGAGUAUUUGUCGAUAACCAACUUAAGGAAGAAUUGUCGUUCAAACUCAGCGCAAACACCGUCGAUUCACUCUUCAUCGAUCCACACUUAAUUAACAUUGAGACGAACAUGAGGUCCAAUUAUAAGAUCACUGUCAGCAAAGCGAAUUACAACAAUCAAAGUGUAGUGGUGCGUAACAUACGGUCUUUUGACUUCAAGUCCGAUGAAAAGAAAAUCUACGACGAGCCACUCAAUAUCUUAGAAAAUUUCCCACAAAGCAGUUACCUUACAAAACUCAUUGGAAAGGUGUUGCUAGACAAAACACAUUUGAUAGUAACCGAAUUCGCGACAUUCGGCACUUUGCAAGACUUCAUUAGUGCAGGAAAGGAAAUGGCGUUAUCAAUGAGGUGCAGAGUGCUACUUGAUGCAGCAAAGGGUAUAGCUGUGUUACACGCAAAAAAUUUCCUUCAUUAUAACAUAAAGCCUGCCAAUGUGAUGUUAAUGAGCACCGACGUGAAUGAUGUUUCAAUUGUGAAACUGACUGAUUUUGGGUAUCAAGACACUUACAUGAAGUUCUGGAACCACAGAACUGAAGUCAAAGAGCGUCCAACUUACAUAGCGCCAGAAAUCAUUACAGGACAGAAAUAUACAUCGAAGACAGAUGUCUAUGCUUUUGCGGUAACAAUGUACGCAAUUGCAACAAUGAAAGAGCCUUUCCCGGUCUCAGAGUACAAGUACCCAUGGUCCAUCUCCAAGUUCGUGUGUGUCGGCCGCCGUCUUGAACAACCCGCUAACAUGUCAAAGCAGCUUUAUAACAUCAUUUCAAACUCAUGGGAACAUUGUUCUGCUGACCGGUUUACCAUCGACGAAGUUGUUCACGACUUAAAGAAGGUUCAAGAGAACUCUUACUAA